AUGUCCUCCAUCCUCAUCCCACACUGGGAGAUGUCUGCUGUCCUCAUCCCAUGCCAUGGGAGCUUGGCCAUCCUCGUCCCACACAAGGAGACAUCCACCAUCCUCGUCCCACUCCGGGAGAUGUCCACUGUCCUUAUCCCAAUCCGCAGGAGCCUCGCUGUUGCAUUCCCACACCACGGGAUGUUUGACCUCGUCUCCCAGAACAAGCCCGUGGCCAAUCGCUCCCCAGCAGUGGCGGGAGCCAAUGAGAGCGCGCGGCGCUGCCGAGCCCGCCCCGCUCCGGACUGGUGCUCCCAGCGCAGCGCGGCUGCUUCGGGGCUGCGGCCCCUGCCCGGCGCUGGCCGUGGGGCGAGGGGCGGCAGCCGGGGCCGGACUGGUGGCACUGGUGGUGCUGGGAGCCCGCCCGGCUGCGGGCGCGGAGAUCUCGGGGGUGUUCCAGGGGAUGAGAUUGAAGAGUGUCACUUGUUGAACGGCACGGAGAAGGUGAGGUUCGUGGAGAGGUUCAUCUACAACCGGGAGCAGUUCCUGAUAUUGGACAGCGACGUCGGGGUGUACGUGGGGUUCAUCGCCUAUGGGGAGAUGAAUGCCAAGCGCUCUAACAGGCACCCGGUUCACAUGGAGUACUACCGGGCUUUGGUGGACACGCAGUGCUGGCGAAACUACGAGCUUUAUGCCCCGUUCACAACGGUGGAGCGCCGAGGGGAGCGCGGGGCAGAGCGCGUCCCCUCGGGCCCUGCCCUGCCAAUGACCCUGGAGCUCCUGAAAUUCCCAGUAUCCCUCGAGUCUGGGAAUCGCCCCAGAGGCCGCAGCCCUCCUUGUGUCCAUCACCGCGACAUCCUCUCCCACCCAGUGACCCCCCCGUGGCUCCUCCAGCCCAUCCCAGUCCAUCCCGGUCACUCCCAGUGCUCCGCGGCGCGUGCAUCUCGGUCGAGCGUGGAGAUAACGCCUCUCAGCCAAUCACAGCUCGUCCCUCCGAUGACCCAUCUGUUGCUAGGAUGAUCCGCAGAUCCGAGUGCCCCGAGCUGGACUCGGCCUCGCAGCGCCGCGCACGUCAUUGCCAGUUCCAUCCCAGUCCAUUCCCAGAUCCCUCCCAGUGCCACCGCAGUCCCUCCAACUCCCUCCCAGUCUAUUCGCAGUCUAUUCCCAGUCCACUCUCCGACUUCCACGCUCUCUCCCAGUGCCGAGUGCCCCUCCCACCUUUCUCAGUGCCACUCCAGUCCCUCCCAGUUCAUUCCCAGACCAUCCCAGUCCUUCCCAGUUCCAACCAGCCCCUCCAAGUCAAUUACCAGUCUAUUACCAGUCUAUUCCCAGUUAACGACAAGACUUCCACCGUCUCUCCCAGUACCCUCCAUCCUCUCCCACCUCUCUCGGUGCCACUCAACUCCCUCCCAGUCCAUUCCCUGUCCCUCUCCACCCCACUAAAGCCCUCCCCUCUCCCAGUGCUCCCCAGCUGAUUCCAGUGUGUCCCCACUCUCUCCCUCUCACAGUGCCCCCAGUGUGUCCAUCUUGCUGGUGCCCUCGAGUUCCCAGCCCGGCCCCGGCCGCCUGCUCCGCUUCGUCAUGGAUUUCUACCCUGCCCACAUCCAGGCGAGGUGGUUCCAGGGCCAGCAGGAGCUCUCAGACCACAUGGUGGCCACAGACAUGGUCCCCAACAGGGACUGGACUACCAGCUCCUGGAGCUGCUGGAAACCCCCACCCCCAGGGCAGGCUCACCUACACCAGCCAGGUGGAGCACGUCAGCCUGGAGCACCCCUUGAGC